GGAGUGUACCCGGGGGCGGGAGGCUGGACCGGGACCGCUCUAAAUUGGCUGGAGAGGGGGCCCCGUCGGCGGCGAAGUUGCUAGCUGGGGGCAGAGACGGCCACGCGGUUGCAGGAAUUGGCCAACGGCUCCUUUCAACCCUGCCUCGUUGGUGGCCACUGGAGAAGCGCGGGGGGCUCCCCAGACAGCCGUGGGGACAAGUUAGAGCCAGCACUUUACCCCGGGCCUCGCGUGUAGCUUUCCCUCCCCUGUUCUAGGUGCCCCAGUGUCCAGAGGGGGGUGCGGGUGUGCCCUCCUUACAUGUUCCACCGCCCGGGCAACCCUUCGGUCUCGUGUUCCAUCUCGCUCUUGCUUCCUGUACCGUAGUCAAGUGGAGCCACUUUGCAUCAUGUCCCGGUAUAGCUACCAAAGUCUCCUGGACUGGCUCUAUGGGGGUGUCGACCCCAGUUUUGCAGGCAAUGGGGGCCCCGACUGUGCUGCCUUCCUGUCUUGGCAGCAGCGGCUGCUGGAAAGUGUGGUGGUCCUGACCCUGGCCCUGUUGGAGAUCCUGGUGGCCCUUCGGCACAUCCUGAGGCAGACGGAGGACGGUAGGGGUGGCCGUGGCAGCCAGCCACAGCAGGUGACCCAGCGGCCAGAUGAAGGCAAGGAGAGCCUGAGCAAGAAUCUGCUCUUGGUAGCCCUGUGCCUGAUCUUCGGGGUGGAGGUGGGCUUUAAGUUCGCCACCAAGACCGUCAUCUACCUGCUCAACCCUUGUCACCUGGUCACCAUGAUGCAUAGAACUUGUCAGAAGACAUCUGUUCUGUACUGGGGGACCAACUGUUUGAGGAGACCUACCCAUCACCUGCUGUGUCGCAAUCGAAAAACUGAACCGGAUGGGGGACCAAAUGUCAAAUGGUUUAUGUAUUGUAUGGAGAAGGAACACCGUCUUCUACCAGGGGACCAGGCAUGGAAGACCAAACAGAUCUUCCUCCUGGCCUGCCCUCCAUGUCCGGGAGCUAUCGUCGUCUUCAAGUUACAGAUGCACAUGCUGAAUGGAGCUCUUCUGGCGUUGUUGUUUCCUGUGGUAAAUACGCGGCUGCUCCCCUUUGAACUGGAGAUUUACUACAUUCAGCAUGUUAUGCUCUAUGUGGUCCCCAUCUACCUGCUUUGGAAAGGAGGUGCUUACACCCCAGAGCCCCUCAGCAGUUUCCGGUGGGCCCUUCUCUCCACGGGCCUCAUGUUCUUUUACCACUUCAGCAUCCUGCAGAUCCUCGGCCUGGUCACCGAAGUGAAUUUGAACAACAUGCUGUGUCCGGCCAUCUCAGACCCAUUCUACGGCCCCUGGUAUCGCAUCUGGGCCUCGGGACACCAGACUCUCAUGACCAUGACCCACGGGAAGCUGGUCAUCCUGUUCUCAUACAUGGCUGGGCCCUUGUGUAAAUAUCUGCUGGAUUUGCUCCGGCUUCCAGCCAAGAAAAUAGACUGAAGGUGCUUGGGUUUUUGUUUUGUUUUAUUUUGUUUGUUUUUUGUUUUUGUUUUGUUUUGUUUUGUUUCUCCCUGAGGAAUCAAGUCCUGACUUGACUCAGAGAAGACCCAGUUCUUGACAGACUCAUUGGCGAGGGCGAUAGGAUGCUUGGUGCAUUUCUUUUUUUCCUCCUCUCUGUCCCUUUCUUCCACGACUCUUCCCUCCUCAGCUCCUCCCCAUGAAUGGCUCUUUGUGCCUGGGAUAGUGCUGGGGCCUGGAACUUACUUCCUUUCAUCCCCUGGCCUCUGGGUCCCUACUGUGUGUCCCGGUCCCUGUGCUUGGCCUUACCCAGGGAAACGGUAGUCAGUGCCCUUCACACUGUUUGUUGGUGCUUUUAACAACAGCUAGUUGAAGAAGCAGGGAGCAGCAAGCGGUAGUUCCCCCAGCGCCCCAGCAAUGAAACAGUGUUCGGUUCACUUCUCCACUGCCAGGGACCUCCAGGCUCAUGCUGGGGUCCCCUUUUACCUCCAGCAUAGCCCCCACCAGAAGGGGACCAAGGCCUUGUUUCUAUACCAGCUGCAAGUCCAGAGCCAAGGGACUUCCCAGAUCACAGCCAAAAUAGAUUCUUCCAGUGCCGGGUGUCCCAUGAUGUAAAGCAGGGAGCCACCUAGCCACUCCUUCUAGGGUGCUGCCUGGGUUGGGAGGUGACAGCAGUGUGCAGACCGAGGGCAAGAUUCCACAGAGGGCUGCUAGAGGUCUGUUGCCACAGUGAGUCUGAAGUCAAGAGGGUGAAGGUGUGCACAGUACCCGACAGGACACCCCCCGGCUCCCGU